AUGGCGACUGCCAUUGCUGUCGUCAUUCCCGUUGUUGUCGUUGCUCUGCUAGUCCUAGCCGGCAUCUUCUUCUGGCGCAAACGCAAGCAGCGCCAGAGCGCGGAGGACGAACGCAGGAAAGAAGUCGAGGAGUAUGGCUUCAACCCUAACCACGACCCUACCCUUCCUGCGGUUGGUGGAUUGGCCAUGGCCGAAGACGACAGCGGUUACCGAGGCUGGGGCAAUACCACCACCAGCUCCAACCGCAAGAUGUCCACCACCCUCACCUCUGGCAUGACCUACUCGGACAGCAACAGCAACCCCGGCGGAUACACUAGCCCCCACUCUCCCACACACGGUGCCUACUCUGACGCUCACUCCAACGACCCGCUUGUAGACGGCCGUCGCCAGACCAUGGACUCGGACGGUAUCGGCGCCCUCGGUGUCGUCAACGGUGCUGCCGCUGCCAACUCUGCCAACAACCAGGCCGGUGUGCACCGCGGGCCUUCCAACGCUUCGUCGUCAUACUCGGCAGCCAACCACUCCGACAACUCUGGCGACUACCCUGGCAUGGCCAAUGGUCACCCACAGGAGUACUACAACAACCAAGACUACUACCAGAACGGGCCAUAUGCUGCCAACGAUCCAUACGCUGCCCAACAACAGCCCAUCAUAAGAGACGUAUCAGCACGACGGAACACGAGGAUCGAGAACCCCAGUGUCUUCCCCCAACAAGGCAACUCUGGAAUUGCGCAAAACUUCUAG